AUGCGGUCCGCUUUUGCGCGCGCGUCGGUGGCCCUGCGCCGCCCCGGGGCGCGGUCGCAGUCGACGGUGCUCCUCAUGCGCCACGGCGAGUCGACGUGGAACCUCGAGAACAAGUUCACGGGCUGGUACGACUGCCCUCUCAGCGACAAGGGCCACGUCGAGGCCGCCGACGCCGGCGCCCUCGUCGCCGAGGCGGGCCUGGCCUUCGACGUCGCCUACACGAGCACGCUCAAGCGCGCCAUCCGCACCCUCGACCACGCCCUCGAGCAGAGCGACCACAUGUGGAUUCCGGUGACGAAGGCGUGGCAGCUCAACGAGCGCCACUACGGCGCGCUCCAGGGCCUCGACAAGCAGCAGACCGUGGACAAGCACGGCCUGGACCAGGUGACGAUCUGGCGCCGGUCCUACGACAUCCCGCCGCCGGACCUCGACACGGCCUCGCCCAUGUACCCCGCGAACGACCCCAAGUACGCGGCGCUCGACGCGGCCUGCAUGCCGACGACGGAGUCGCUCGCGACGACGGCCGCGCGCGUCAUCCCCUACUGGCAGCAGGUCAUCGUCCCCGAGCUCAAGGCCGGCAAGUCCGUCAUCAUCGCCGCCCACGGCAACAGCCUCCGCGCGCUCGUCCAGUACCUCGACGGCAUCUCGAACGACGACAUCACGGAGCUCAACAUCCCCACGGCGACGCCCCUCCUCUACACCCUCGACGCCGACAUGCGGCCCAUCCCCGACGCCGACGCCAUCGCGCCCCUCCAGGGCAAGUACCUCGGCGACCUCGACGCGAUCCGCGCGCGCAUCGAGGGCGUCAAGAACCAGACGAAGUGA